UGGCGAUUUCCUGCGGAAAUCAGAGAACACUAUUUUGUUCACAUUUUGACAUUUAAAGGACAAUUUACAUCAGAUGACCAGGAUACUUUAAACUGUUGUUCCACAUUUAAAGUUACACUAAGUCUUUCUUCAAAAUGUAGUUUGACUGUCAGUGAAGGCGUGAUAAAAAUUUACCAAGAAUCGGAAUGUUUAUUAACAAAGUCAUGAGGUCAUAUUCUAUCAUGUUGAUUUGCUUUUUCUUAUGCAAUUGUAAAGAAUUUUAAUUAAAGAUGAGUUCCAAGGAAGAAGUAAGGAUUCUUCUUGUUGGAGAUGCUGGAGUUGGGAAGACUUCCCUUAUUAUGGCUCUUGUCAGCGAAGAGUUUGUUAGAGAGGUACCAGCUAAGGCGGAAGAAAUAAUCAUCCCGGCCGAAGUUGUACCAGACAAUGUGCCAACACACAUUGUGGACUUCUCAUAUCAAGACCAAAAUGAAGAAGACCUGGUGGAAGAAAUUAAAAGGGCUGACGUAGUCUGUAUCAUUUGGGCAUCCAAUGACGAGGACUCAUUUGAAGGGGUGACAUCAGUGUGGCUUCCCUUUAUUCGACGGAACACGGAGGAGGAUCAGCGUACACCAGUGAUUCUGGUGGCUAACAAGGCCGACCUCAUUGAGUACUCAGUAGAUGAGGCGAUGACCCCUAUUAUCAAUGACUUUCCGGAAGUGGAGGCCAGUAUCUCAAGUUCAGCAAAGAGCUUGAAGAACAUCACUGAGUUGUUCUGGUAUGCCCAGAAGGCCGUGCUCCACCCACAGGCUCCUAUAUACAACCCUGAGGAAAAGGAGCUGACAAGGUCAUGUAAAGCUGCCUUAGAAAGAAUAUUCAAGAUCUGUGACAUGGACAACGACCAAAUUCUCAGUGAUGAUGAAGUAAUUGUCUUCCAGAGAAAGUGUUUUGAGGUUCCAAUCCAGCCUCACGCCUUGGAGGAGGUCAAACAAACAGUACAGAGUCACCUGGCAGACGGUGUGGAUAUACGGGGGCCUAACUACGGCUUUACACUCAAAGGAUUUCUGUUUCUCAUGGAGCUAUUUAUAGAGAGAAAAAAGAUUGAGACAGUGUGGACUGUUCUGAGAGCCUUUGGUUAUGACGACAAGUUGUUACUCAGGAAAGAUGUACUCGAACCAAAGUUGAAUGUUGGUGUGGGAAGUACAACUGAGUUGUCCCAUGAAGGAGUGCAAUUCCUUACUAGUCUGUUUGAGAAAUAUGAUGAGGACUGUGAUGGUAUGCUGUCCCCCACAGAGUUGACCAACCUGUUCAGCACGUGUCCCCGGCUUCCCUGGGGCCCAGACGUGAACAACACUGUGGUCACCAACACCAGCGGCUGGAUCUCACUGCAGGGAUACCUUGCACAGUGGACGUUGACGACCCUGUUGGAGUACAAAGACACACUGGAGCACCUGGCAUACCUGGGCUACUUGUACCACCAGGACUCCACACUCUCAGCUUUACAAGUCACAAGAGAUAAGAAGAUAGAUCUACAGAAACGCCAGACAGCGAGGAAUGUGUUCCGAUGUCACGUACUUGGACCAAAACAAGUGGGCAAGACUGCCUUUCUCCAAGGGUUGAUUGGUCGUAACCUGCGCUAUGUGGCCACUCUAAACAGGGAACAGUUGUCCAAGUUCACAAUUAACACCGUACAAGUGUAUGGUCAGGAAAAAUACCUGAUGUUACAUGAGGUUGAUGUGGCCUGGUCGGACAUGUUGUCGCCAACGGAGACCAACUGUGAUGUGGCCUGCCUGCUCUACGAUGUCACCAACCCACGCUCAUUCGAGUUCUGUGCCAGGAUGUACAUGAAGCACUUCCUGGACAGUCGGGUACCAACACUGAUCGUGGCAUGUAAGGUAGAGCACCCGGAGGUUCGACAGGACUACAACUUGACACCAAAGGCCUUCUGUGAGAAGUUCAAGCUGCCCCCACCCCAGAGGUUUACAUGUAUAGACAAGGUCAACAGGGACAUCUACGUCAAGGUGGCCACAAUGGCUGCAUACCCCAACUUAAAGCGACUGGUUCACAUGCUGCUAGUUCACCAGAACCCAGUCUGGCUGGAGGAAAGACUCAGUCACCUGAAGGAUGCUGCUUUAUCAAAUGACAAAAGACUGAUAAAAUAUGGAAUUGGUGUUGUGACUUUAGCUGGAAUUGGAUUUUUAGUGUACAAAAUUGUAGAAAAGUAUAACAAAUAGCAUUAUCUGGAUGACAGGAGUGACUAAUUAUAACUGGAUACAAUUGCUUAUGCUUGUCCAGAUGACAGAAUGGCUUCAGGUUGAAGUGCUUUUUGAUGCCAGAAGGCUUAUCAGUAGCAGAUAGGCCAGUAUGGGACACAACACAGCAGUGGCCACUAAGCAAGUUGCCAACCAGGGAAAGACUUUUCUCACCAUGCCCCAUGAUUGUACCAGAUUUUCUCGUGUUUUAAAGUUCAUAGUUGUAUGAUGAUAUGGUGCUGAUGACCAUAAGGAAACACUUAGCAAUGUGUCUGUUUGUUCAUAAUUAGUUUAUAUUAAAUUAUUUCAGCAAGCUGAUUCGGACAAGUUAUAUGCAUGUUUAUUCUUUUGGACAUCGCUGUAGACCUCAUUUUUAAACAGGUUAGCUUUGGAAUAGGUGUUUAGAUCCAUGGUAGGCAUGUUUUAGUCAAAUGAGUUGUCUCAGUAAGGUAUAAACAACUAUUCGCAAUAAUACACACACACUUACAUAAUGUUACUCUUGCUCCUUCAUCUGGAGUCCUUGUUUUUAUUUACCGAUACCAUGUCACAUGUCAAGUGUGAGUUUGUUAAUGCAAAUAUAUUCACAUGGUUGGGGAUAUUGUCAAGGAGGUUUAUACAUACCUGUAUACAUAGAGUUUUUACAUAAUUCAUCUUAUUGUGUUCAUAAAAUAUUGUAUUUGUUUCAUUAGCUUCUCAUCAAACUAAGAAAUAAAUUUUUAAACAAAAUUUUUGUUGUCCUGUCAGAAUCAAUUCCACAAGGGUUACCAAGGUAACAAAUUUAGAAUUAUAAGUUAGCCAAUGAAGUUUGAUUAAGUUAAAAUCACCCAGGACCUUAUUGA